AUGUCGGACGGAGCAGAAGAGAUUCACCCAAAUCCUUCGAGACCGGAUCGAAUCGUUAUUAAUUGCGGUGGAGUCCGUCAUGAAACAUUUAGAAGCACUCUUCGUAAUUUCCCAGGAACACGUCUUGCCUGGUGUACAGAGAACGUGAAUAACAGCUCUGAAUUCUAUGACGCGGAAAAGAAUGAGUAUUUCUUUGACCGACAUCCUGGCGUUUUCGCAGCCAUAAUAAAUUAUUAUCGCACGGGCAAGCUUCAUAGUCCUCAUGAUGUUUGCGGACCGCUUUUUGAAGACGAGUUGUUGUUUUGGGGGAUCGACGAGAAGCAAAUGGAACCAUGUUGCUGGACUUACUAUACGCAGCAUAGAGAAGCUCAAGAAAACUUGAAGUUCUUCGAAGCGGCAGAGAUGACGGAUGAUGAGGAUGACUUAAACUCUGAAUUCGGCGAGUUGAUUUCUGAGAAUUUUGGAGGCGAGCAGCAGUCGUGCUGGCAAAAGUACAAACCCAGGAUUUGGAACGUUCUUGAGCACCAACGGUCUUCAAAGCUGGCCCGGGUAAGUUGCUCAAAAAGUGUUUGUUAACAAGGUUACUAAAGGAAAACGUUCCGAGAAGGUCGAUCAUAUACCGUUAUUAACGAGUGUUUAACGAACGGCGGUUUGCUUUUCUAAGGCAAAGAAUUAUAGCGACGCUUGGUGAAUUAAUUCGUUGUAUCGUGUGCAAGCUGACUUAGAAACGUCUGCGAAGGAAACAAAGAAGACAAAACUCCGUCAGAGAUUCUACCUUUUUUCUAAGUCACUUUUCCAGAUGAAUCGCUCAUUCUAACAUCAAAUGAUGCUAUCUAUAGAGCUUUUGGGAAAGCAAUAGCAGUAGCGCCAUAAUAACGAUAAAAAAGAAAGGAUCCUAACAGAAAAAGCUAACACAAGGAUCAAUGCCGAGAAAUUUAUCGCCAAAACACAACGACCCUUUAACGUUUCCUGUCGACUAAAAUAUCUGAGUGUCGAUUGGAAAUUUGUAAGUCAUCAUUAAAUGUAAGAAUUUUUAUAAAUUGCCAACGUGAUAUCUUAAUAACCACGAUGACAAUACACGUCUUUUCCAUUGGGUUGUAAAAUGUUUGUGUUUAGGAGACCGAAAAGUUUCAUUGAAACAUCUGUUGAAAAGAAAAAGAGAAAAAAAACCUUCGGCUUGUUCGAAUUGUUUGAAAAAGACAAAAAUUGAGGAAUUUUCGUGCUUUCAAGCGUGAUGUUCUUAUUUAAACAAAAAACUCGUUUAACAUUCAUAUCUAUGAGACGUUUCUGUCCAAAAACGUGCUUUACACAAUGAGUUAAAUAAAUUCAAGAAACAGACGCGAAUCGCCCUCCAGAAAUUGCGUUUUUUGAUUCCGAGAUUUAAACCUUCUACUUAAGCCCGCACUUCAGUGUAACAGCUUUAAGAAUAGUCGAUAAUACUGUACUUUCCACGAAUUUGAAUCGAAGGCAAAAUAUAUCCAAACAUAGAUAAUUGUGUAUAUACAUCGGAAUAAACAGCUCUGCAUAGAAACCAUGUUUUCCUAAUAAUUCAUUUAGUAUUGAAGUCAUUUUUAUUUCACGAUUUAAGCAGGGCAUAUUGAAAUCGUUACAUCUGUGAGUGAAAAUUUUGGUCGAUAAUUUUGAGUUCAUGUGGAAAUUUCACGGUCUAUGUCAUUUUUUACCAAAAUAAUAUUAUUGCAGUCAGUCUUUUAUCAUGCACCGAUAAAUGAAUCUCAAAAAGGGGGCGGGGUCGGAGACUAUACGUGUAAUAUAAACAUCAAUGGGGCACCAUUAGAAAUGUAACUAUUCGGUAAUGGAAAAGUGGAAGUCUCGCAUAGAAGCAAGCUCUUUAUAUUAGAAUUCAUUUAAAACUCUAAGGAGCUUUUAAAAUUUCCAUCCUAAAAUGUCAAAUCAUCUAGGGAAUGAUACGCUUCCAAUCGAAACUUGGUUAAGGAUUUUGCCCAAACAUGCUAAUUUUCAUUUCGUUUCCAUGCACACGUCUGCACAUUUAUCAGACAAAAACAAAAAUUCAUUUCCAUAACGAAGCUUUUCAAAAAAGUCCAAUUACAAUUUCUCACUUUGACGAACACAUUACAGUGGUCGCCCAGAGUCGUUAGGCGGGUUCUUGCUGGGAAAUUCAAAUGACCUCAAUGAUGGAAAUGCUUCUCCCAUAGAAUGCGUGGCCAAAUAGUUUUCUGAGAAAAACUAAAUUCUUUAAACUUUUUUCCUUGACGAAACAUUGGAAGACAAUUUAAGUGGAUAAAUUUAUAUUCAUUAAAAAACCGCUAGUAAUAAAUAAGUUCCUAUAAAGUAGAGAAUUUUCUAGAAAAAGAAAAACUGAGUUCCGGGGUAUUGGAACAGUUAUUUACUUGAUUGAUUAGUGAAACAUAAGGGUGUGCAUUCUAUUUUAUGAAUGCCAGAGACACGAUUUCUCAUCAGAUGAAUUCUUAUGCUGAUUACGUAAUUUGCGGAAAAAACAAUUGAUUUCAAAAUAGUUCUUUUAAAACAGCAUGGUUCCUACCUUUUUGUUGCUUUUUAACGUCAGCAGGGGGCAUUAUUUUUCUUUCCGAAAAGUGAGGGAGAGCUUCUAUGUAGAAGGGAAAGUCAGAAACACUCGGAAGAAAAAUAAAACAUCCUGAGUGAAACUGAAACAAAGUAUUCGUUACAUAAUAAAAGCAAAAGUUAUACCAGCAUUACUGAAAGCCGCCUUCUUUUAAUACCCAUAAACAGUUUUAUCCAACCAUGUUUCGUUUCAAAAUUGGAAACAAAUUUGGAAAAAAUUAGAUCUUAUUGUAUCACCAACGGUGUCUAAUCUUCUGUCAUGCAAUCGUAAUUUUACGUAGAAAUAUAGGAGUUCAUGACCAGGGAUCACUCGAUUUUUUAUUUUCGGAGUAUGCUCGUCUAUUCAACUACUAGCACGGUCUAACGUUAGGACUGUAACCUUUCCUGAAUUGGCAAAACCUUUCCAAUUACGUUGACAAUUCCUAGUUACGUAAGAGUUGCUCGCCAGUGCAGCAUGACAGGUGCUUUGGAAGUUUAUAGCCCGCUAAAUUAAACACAUCGGUCAAAUGUCUGCCAUGCGCGUGGAGAUAUAUUUUCGCCAGCCCACCCGCAAGUUCCCGCGCAGAAUUUCAUAGGAUAACACGAUAAAAAAAAGCUGUCACGCAGGACGUGCGAAAGGGAUUUAAUACGUUCGUGGAAAUAUUACAAGGAAACAAAAGUAGAUAAAAUGAAACUUAAAUCCUCUCAACUACCUAACCAUUACAUAGUUCAUAUAGCCGUCAACGUUUGGUCUGUUGGUAAUUACUCUCUGCAGGGAAUCGCUGGAGCGAAUCUUAAAUAUUGUUUCUAGUUCAUUUAUUUCGAUCUCGAAGUCUCUUAGUUUUCUCAGAGCUUCGAAAUACUUGGAAUUUGCUGCUGCAGUCAAGGGUCUCAGUUUACUCUUCCAGGGGUAACCUAAAGCUAUCAAUGCGAAUGAUAAAAGUCUGUUUACGAGACUCUUAUUCUGCCCUUAUUAACUUCCACGCUGCAUAAAUCUGCAGCUUUUUUACCCAUAAUUAAUCAAUAUAUCUUACAUCUUGACGGGUUUUACCAUUUGCAGCCCUCAGAGUACAGAUUACCGACUUUACAAACGAAAGAGAUUUUUGUGUAUAUUUACAGGUUAUGUUCCUCGUCUCAUUGAUGUUCAUAAUACUGUCAGUGCUGGCGUACUGCGUGCAGACUAUGAAGGUGGUAAAAGAUAACAGAACUGCAAGUGUUGCCAUGGUGAUAAUAGAAGGCGUGUGUGGAGUCUGGUUCACCGUUGAGUUUACACUCAGACUGGCCACGUGCCCCAGCAAACACGACUUCGUUAAGCAGAUAAUGAAUUGGGUGGACUUCAUUGCCAUCUGGCCUUUUUAUGUUCGUAUCUUAACCACGGAAAAUUACCCAGAGGGAGACCCAAAAAUUGAAUACGACAUCUUGGCCAUUUUACGGCUCUUCCGGCUACUGCGGUUUUUCAAAGUGAAUCUGGGAUUCCAAAUUCUCAAGCAAACCAUGAUUGCCAGUUCCCGCGAGCUGAUGCUAUUGGUUUUAUUACUAAUCGUCCCCGUAAUCAUCUUCGCCAGUUGUGCAUAUCUUGCAGAGAAGGGUAAUAAUUCAGAAGACUUUCCUUCCAUCGUUGAAUCUUUCUGGUGGGCCAUUAUUACCAUAACAACAGUAGGCUAUGGAGAUGACGUCCCGAAGACAGGUGUUGGAAAACUCUUUGGCUCACUUUGUGCUGCCCUUUCAAUCGUCAUCACAGCUCUUCCAAUCUCAAUCAUCGGAAGUAACUUCUCGCUGUACUAUUCACAUGCGCAAGCGCAGAUGAAGCUUCCUAAGAAAUCCAAACGGCCUAUGGUUGGGGCAGCAAAUGUUUUAAUGUUACAGUCGGCGAGACCAAGUGAGGACAUGACAAGUACAGAUAUGACCGAGGGAAGGCUGGAUCUAAGGAAAUCAUCGCCAGUCGUCAAUGGAUCUCUGGGUGGGGACGCUAAAAUACAUCCAUACCGCGGACGGUGAGUGUAGUUAAAAUAUAUAUAUAAGAAAAAUUUAAUUUUUUUAGGAAAUCGUGGUCGCCUAACGGUGAGCGCGUUGUACUCUGGCUCGAGGGGCUCGAGUUCAAGACUCGGCUGGGUGACUAUGUUGUGUUUUUAAUAAAUAAAAGGCCUCUCUCUCAACCCACAGUAUGGGUACUGGCGAACUGUCAGGGAAGCGAGAGAAAAAGCUGGAGGAGGGGGUUUGACCGGUGAUGAAAUAACAUCCCAUCCAGGAAACUGGGGUAAACUCCGGCUUGGCUCGAUAACAAAGUUUACAAGACAGCUGCCACCAAUUUUAAAUAAGAUAUAAAACCAAUGGUAAAAACGUUUACGCCAUGAAUCUAAGGCAGCCGGUUAUGGUUGACGAGUUCUCCUAACUAUUUGAAGAAACGAAUUCACGAAAAAUUUGAAUUAAUAUAAAACUGUCUUUAAAGCUUAACCACCAGCACAUUAUACAGUUAAUCAAUCGAUAAGUGGUCAUUCAAUCGAGCAGACAAUCACUGAGACCCAACAGGCUUUUUGGUCGCUCAGUCGAGUGGGUCAGAAGCAGCUCAGUAAAGAGGGUAACAGCUUUUGUGAAAUACUCUCUAAGUGAAUUUCAUAAUCAAUUAGGAUAUGCCUCAAACAUCUCAAUAACUACAAUCGGUAAUUUUAAAUAAUAAUUUAUUUCUGAGGUUCUUGAUCACAGUUCUCAUAUCCACCAGGGCUAGACGAGCACGGUCAUCUUUAUACGCAGGAGCUGUGAAUCAUCGACAAUCGUUCCCAGUCCGCUCCCGAAGCAGCGAGGAAUUCAAUGCUGCUAACAGUCCUCCACUCGACGGCAGAAAAAAGAGCCACACUAGUACCCAGAGUACAACAAUAGACACUCCACCCAAAAGCCCCCCUCUUUAUGGAAACACACUGACGGUGGACCCGCCGGAACUUUCGGAAGCCAUCACAGGCUUUGUAGACGACCCGCCGGAAAAGCCUUCAACAAAAAGUCCACCCAUAGUGCACAGGGAGAGUGAAGAGUUUGAAAUUGAUGACAUCGACCAUGUACUCGCAACUAUUAAAACGCACGAGAAAAAAGGUAACUUGGUCAAUGGUAAUGCCCGACCCGGGUCUCCGGGCCAACCGGGAACCCCAGGGAGACCAGGAACCCCGGUGAAGAGGACACCCAAGAAUUCGGUACGGUUUGUGAAACCGACUUUAACCGUGACAUUGAAUAGAGUAGACGGAAACAUGAUUAAUGAAUCAUUUGACGAAGAUGUCCAGUACGACGAGUUCGAACAUGAGGAAAAUAAAAAGAGCGUGGAGCGAAGGCCUGAAGUACAAAUCACGGUUUCAGGACAUCGGAAUUUUAGAGGCGGUUCGUCAGAACCAGAGGAAAGUCAGGCGUAAUAAAAAUUCAGGACUUGGUGAAUCAGUGACGUAGUUCGGUACAACUGCUGAGUGGUUCCAUCUAAAUCUAAAUUUUGAUGAAAAAAAAUAGUUAGCUUGAAGUCUCAUGUUGACAGCAAAGGAAAACAUUCGAGUGUAACUAUCCCCCCCCCUCCUUCUACUCCUGAUGGUAUGGAGCAGUUCCCCAAAGGUAAUCAAAGCAAUGUUUUGACAGUUCAGCGCAAUUUAAAGCUGUGAAGGAAGGACUUUGAGACAGAAAGAUCCGACGGUAACUUCGGAGAGCGCUGGUAUAAUGACCUUUCAUUAGAUCCUGAACUAAAGUAUUAGGACAAAAUACCACGGCUACCACUUACCCAUAAUUCCAUGGGAACAUGCAGACCGGAGAUGUUCUGGAUAGAACCAUAACAGCCAAAAUGAUGCAGUUGCAGUCGACAAGGUUGACUCUAGCUAAUUCAAAGGUCAAUUGUGUUCAAAACCUCUCUCGGAGUAAAGCAUGACGAACUGAAAACUCAUCUCAUCUCAGCUUUUACGAUAAGUUGAUUUGUCUUCUUGGUUUCCACCAAACUUAGCACAAAACCUUGAAAGGAGAUCUAUGAGAAGUUUGAGUAAUCGGGGCGUGCAAAAAUGUAAAGCUGAUUGAUGGUUUGCGACUUCACUGAUUCAAUAAGUCCUGAAUAAAGGAUGAUGUUUUUCUCCUUUUCAUAAUCUCGUUUGUACACACCCAUGACAUUUUCCUCGAGAAUCGGAAAUCAGUGCCCAUCCUGUAAAAGUUCCAGAAACACAAGGACCACGUGAUCUGUGAGGCAGUUCAAGUUGCCAUGUCGACAAGUAACCACGACGAAUCCAGUGAGCUACCACUUAGCUUCAUUUCUUGAAAGUAGAAACCAAGUUACUGGGUAAUGAAAUGUGGACUCUAUAAAAACGUUCGAAACAAACAAAAAAUUCGUUCGAUAUAAAAGGAAUGUAUGGAGCCAUGGACAAACACUCCGCGAGAUAAACUUGCACUCAUAGAGUAGUUACGUCAAGGUUGGUACAUCACAAAACUUUCACCUAAGUUUCUCGCUUUCGACAUUUACAAUCGCGUUCAAUCCUAGACUAUCUUCACCCCUUAACUGUAUAUUCAUCCUUUUUUAUUCUUUUCCAUCUUAGCAAACUAAUGUUUUGUGGUUUUUCCACAAGUUGGGGGAAUAUUUGCCUGUCGCAUAAACCGACACAAAAUUUCAUAUUCAUGACAUGGCUCUUGGAAUACUCCAUUGCACGUAGAUGUUUGAGAUAAGAAAUAGUGCCCUGUUUUCGGGCAAUUCUUUGAUAAUGACCAAAUAUUUUCUUAGAAUGAAGCAUCGGCUUAAUCAAGUGUAUAAAUGUUUAUGAGCAGUGCAAAACAUAAGUAAAUGUUUCACUAUCUGAGUAAACUGAAUUUCGCACAGACUAGACAAAAAGACAUCCGCUUUGAAAUUUGCUGUGUUUUCUUCGCAAUUCAGGUAUCCCUAAAAUAAAUUUGUCGUUGUGUAUCCAGUGUUACAAGAACCAGUCUCUUCAAUGCAGUAGAAAACUAAUUAUCGAAAAGGAUCAGACAUUCAAGUUUCUUUUGUUACUAUUAGAGAAUUGGAUGAAAUUUUUAGCUGAGGCAAAUAACAAGCCUUGGCUUGCUAGUCUCUACGCACGUUUUCAAAAUUGUUAGGAUGUUAAACUAAACAAUAGGCUUGUGUAAUCUCUACGGAAAAAAUUUCAUAAAAAGAAAAAUAUAAGGCUUGUAUCAACCAAUCCAACCACACUUACUGAAGAAGAUAAUGGUAUUUUCAGAAGAAGCCUAGUUUGACUUGACCACUAUCUAAAUGGACAUAUUCAACAUCGUUAGGGAAGAGUUGCCAAUCUAAAGGUUACGUGAAAGCAUCACUGACAACGCGAGAGGAAGUUGUUUGGCUAACAGUAAUUUCCAAGGCUUUAGUCAGACUCGAGAAAAUGGACACGAUGUUUUCAACUAAUUCUCGUGGAUUAAUCUAUCAGGGUUGAGUUGGAAAGUUUAAAAUGUUAUCAGGUGAUACGAUAGUACCAAUCCUAUGAGGGACAUGUUUAAGCCAAUAUCUGCUUGAGUCCGUGUUUGUUCGAGUGGGUUAAGGUUAAAUCACAAAAAAGGGACUGGAAACGAAAGCAAGCGUAUGACUUCACCUGCACUAAAUGAGACUAUUAACAGCGAAGGUCUGGGUACUUCUACACACUGUAAGUAUCAAAAUUACGGACUGUGAUUGAUUAGUGAUUAAUUUGAGCUAUCGUCUUUGAAAAAGAAAAACUAGCGAUUGAGAAAAUUAGAUUUAUUAUAGUUACAUUUUGUAAAUUUUGUAAUAAUUGGUUUUAAUGCCUAAUGUAUGCAAGCAAUCGACAGAGUAUUUUCCUACUGUAAAUUAUACAGAAUUGAAUAUAGAUGGCAGUCGUUAGUUUGUACUUGUCUAUAGUUGUGAAACAGACACUGCUCAACAAAUUGAACGUUACUUCAGCAGAAUCCAGAAGGUCUAAUAUAACUUUGCACAUCCCUUAUUUCCAAAAGAUUAUAAACUGGUUUAUAAUUUCUUGUUCAUAUACUUCAAGAACAGUCACAGGGAACGCAGUUAAUUAUAUGGAUGGUUAAUAAUAUUACUUGAAAUCAACUGUUCCCUUUUUGGCGAAGAGUUGCCUUAAAGAAAUUAACAACGACUACAUUGAUUCCUUUCUGAAAGGAAAUAAUGUCUGACGAAUGACUUCUUUCAAAAAUCCUUUUUUUUUUAUGCUGGAAACAGAGCUUUUUAAUUCGAAUUUAUAAAUUCGUAAAAUAUAAUCCUGAGCAUCACAUAGAAUAAGCUUUAAUUUGUAUUUAUAUACUCAGCCAUUUAAUUCUUAAACCCCCUAAGACUGACUAGCAUCUAAUUUCCCCUUAAAGUAUCACUACUGGAUCCAACAUUAGGGUCAUGAUAAUAAAGGAAAUGAUCACCAGCUAAAAGAGCUCCUGCCUGUCAAACAAAUUAUCCUUGCCAGUACUAUAAGACACAUAUAGAGAACAGUAUGAAUAAUAUGCGCACUGAUGUCAAGGCGUAAAGGGUAAAAUGUGUCGAUGAAACUUAAAUGUAAUAAGCUUUUCAUAGAUUUAUACAUAAAAUGUAUCCAAAUAUCGUUCGACUUAGGACUUUGAUGUGAUACAAUUCUAGCUUUCAAAGUAGCUAUUGUAUUUAAUAAUGACUCCAUUGAUCAUUCUUCCAGAGAAAUUCCAAGAGCCACA